GCAUGGUUCCUGCUCUGCUCACAGUCAGUUGGUCUCGUCAAGGUCACAUGGUGCAAUUAACCAAAACGUGAGCGCCAGGACGGAGUAAGAAGCUAGUUUUAUCGACUUGUCUGUUUAACAGCGCUCGGGUAAACCUGUCCACUACAGCAUUAACCCACACCAUCGGCUAAAUGUCAAGAAACGGGUUAAUAUCGAGUAUGCGGAGGGUACUACACGCCGAUGACCAGCUCGAAACGAGCUCUCCGAGUCCUUUUGAACAGCUAAGCCGCCGGAUGAAUGACAUCUUAGGAGAUGGAGGAAUCCUGAAGGAGGUGGUCCAACCUGGAGAGGGCCCACCUGUGCCCCAAAAUGCUUCAGUACUGAUCCAUUACUCGGGUUUCCUGGAAUAUUCUGAUCAGCCUUUUGAAACCACCACUAACCUCAAGUACCCCCGGAUGAUGAAGUUGGGGAGAGAUGUGACGGUGGUCGGGCUGGGGCUGGGUCUGUUGACCAUGAAGAAAGGAGAGUUCUCUCGGUUCCUCCUCCAGCCUCAGUAUGCAUACGGGGAAGUGGGCUGCCCUCCAUUCAUUCCCGCUGGUGCUGUGGUUCUGUAUGAGGUCCACAUCCUCGAUUACCUUGACUCUGGGAAAGUGGAUGACUUUACUGCAAUGAGUCCGGAGGAGCAAAACACUGUUCCUCUAUCCACACUUAUUGAAGUUGUCAACACCCUGCGGAGUUUUGGCAACCGUUGCUUCAACCAGAACCGAUAUUACAAUGCCAAAGAUCGCUAUAAACAGGCUAUGACGUUGCUGAGAAACAGGGAAACACGGAGCGAUUCAGAGAAGGAGGCGAUCAAGACGGCUCUGCUUCCUCUCUAUCUGAAUAUUUCUUUUGUUGAGCUCCGUCUGGACAGACCGCACAAAGCCCUGAAAUACGGCAACAAAGCCUUGGAGAUAGACUCUGCCAACACAAAGGCUCUUUUCCGCUGUGGACAGGCUUACCUGGAGCUGCGUGAAUAUGAGAGUGCUCACGGUUGUCUCAUAUCUGCUCAAGCAAAGAAGCCCUUCGACAGUGACAUCAACAACCUUCUGAGGAAAGUGACGAUGUGCUAUAAAGAAAGCCUGGACAAAGAGAAAGGCCUGUACUCCAAGAUGUUUAGAGAGCUGAAGGGCCCAGUGAAAAUGUGAGCACCAGCAGGAGGACGAGAUGAAUACGUCCCAUCAUAAAUACACCGCGAAUAAUAGCAUUUUAAAGAAGCCAUGAAAAAGUCGAGUGUGUUUCAAAGUAAAAUCUUGCAGAUUAGUGUCCUACUACUGAUCUGGACCUCAUCGUUUAAUCAAACACUAAUUGUAUAGUCCGAGAGGCAAACUACAGUUCCCAUGAGUCUUUGCCAUUUGCACAGACAAACCCUCAGUAUUAUGUUACCGUUUGAAGUAGACUGA